AUAGAAGUCGUGACCAAACUUGCUUGUUCCUUUUGUCCGUUGCAUUGUCGCUGACUUCUCUCUCUCUCCUCUCCGAACAAACCCACAAACACCCUCCACAGUUCCACACACUCCCCUCCCAGGCUCUCCUCCUCUAUACGUGUCACAAUUACCAACUCUUCCUAUAAUCUGAUCAUAACGUGCAUCUGACUACAACUCAAAUGCCAGUCCUGAAAGCCGGCAGCAGACCGCCGUGGGUUGGCCUCGGAGCCGCCGUGUGGGUCGAAAUCGCCGCCGGAAACCCCUACAACUUCCCUCUCUACUCUCCUGCUAUCAAAUCAGUUCUGGGUUACAACCAACAACUAAUAACCAUCCUCGGAGUGGCCAAUGACUUCGGGGAAAACGUCGGCAUUCUACCUGGGAUCGUGUGCAACAAGUUCCCGCCGUGGGUCCUGCUUUCGAUCGGCGUUUGUGCGUGUUUUCUGGGGUACGGUGUCCUUUGGCUCGCCGUCAGUCAGACUGUUCAGUCCAUUCCUUUUUGGGUUUUGUGGAUUGCUCUAUGCAUUGCCACCAAUAGCAGCGCUUGGUUAAGUACAGCCGUGUUGGUAACCAACAUGAGAAAUUUCCCUCUCAGUAGGGGUACAGUGGCUGGCAUUCUCAAAGGAUAUAUUGGAAUCAGUGCUGCAGUAUAUACAGAGGUGUACAGUAUGGUGCUUCAAGAAUCCGCAACGAAACUAUUACUAGUCCUUACUCUUGGGCUUCCAGUUAUUUGUUUAGCCAUGAUGUAUUUUAUUCGGCCUUGUACUGCAGCUUCUGGUGAAGAUUCUUCAGUUCAUGUCCAUUUUCUCUUCACUCAAGCCACAAGUCUAUGUCUUGCCAUCUAUGUUCUCACAACCGUGAUAUUAAAGGACCUAUUAUCAUUAAAUACUGCCAUUUCCUAUACUUUUGUUGCCGUAAUGGUAAUACUUUUGAUGUCUCCUAUUGCAAUUCCCAUCAAAAUGACACUGUUUCCUGUAUAUUCGAAGAAGCGUGGCCCACCGUUUGUUUCUUCUGAUGAUUUGGUUUCGGCAGAAAAUGAUUCAAGCCAAACGGAACCUUUGUUGAUAGAUUCUUCGUCAGAUACAAAUCUAGUGAGUUCUUAUGAGAGUGAAGAUGUUUCGGAUGUCGAUAUACUUCUUGCUGUGGGAGAGGGAGCGGUGAAGAAGAAAAGGAGGCCCAAAAGGGGUGAGGAUUUCAAGUUUCGCGAAGCAGUUGUUAAGGCUGAUUUUUGGCUUCUAUGGUUGGUAUACUUCUUUGGGGUUGGUUCUGGAGUUACUGUUCUCAAUAAUUUGGCACAGAUUGGAGUUUCCAUGGGUGUGGAUGAUACAAACAUAUUGUUGUGCCUCUUCAGCUUUUGCAAUUUUCUGGGCCGUCUUGGUGCUGGUGCCGUCUCUGAACAUUUUGUGAGGUCAAACAAAAUUCCACGGACAAUAUGGAUGACCAUCUCGCAAAUAAUCAUGAUCAUGACAUUCCUCCUCUACGCGUCAGCUCUCGACGGCACCCUUUAUGUUGCGACAGGGUUGCUAGGGGUCUGCUACGGUGUUCAGUUCGCAAUAAUGAUUCCAACUGCUUCCGAGCUUUUUGGUUUGAAACAUUUCGGGAUAAUAUUCAACUUCAUGCAGCUUGGCAACCCAAUUGGUGCACUUAUCUUCUCUGCUCUUCUUGCUGGUUAUGUGUACGAUACAGAGGCGGACAACCAAGGAGGGUCCUCCUGUUUAGGUGCCAAUUGCUAUAGACUCACAUUCCUCGUAUUAGCCUGUGCAUGUGGGGUAGGCACAAUCUUGAGUGUUCUUUUGACCAUCCGGAUAAGGCCGGUCUAUCAGAUGCUUUAUUCUGGGAGUUCCAUACGUCUAACCCACUAAAGAUUGGACAUUCGUUUGUCCAUUUUGACGAAGUUAUUUCAGCUUUGGUAAAAUAUUAAGUUUGAGUCCACUGAAAUAAGCUUUGAAUCUCACUUGUUGAAGGUCCAAAGUCUUUUUGAAAAGCUUUUUUUUUUUUAAAUCUAAAAAGCUUUUGAGGCUCCUAUAUAUAUCAAUUGUUAGUUUGGAACAAUGUUGAAAAAUAGAACUCAGGCAGUUGGCCAUUGUAAGAGGAUAUGUAUGAUGCUAGAUACUGAAUCAUAUGAUUAGACCGUUCACUGUGUUCGUCUGAUAGAAUGAAGAAAGAAUAUUUGCUGCCA